AUGGAGGAGACUGUCAGCCGUCCUGAACAAGCGUCCAGUAUCAUGAGCUCACUCACUUACCCUGGCGGCGUCAAAUGGCCGUGUCCGGGAAAAAACUCAUGUUUCGAGUCGACUCCGAGAGAAAAUGAGAAACGAUUUCAGAAGCUGGUGGGCUCUGUGCGAACAAUUCUUCAAUGCCUUGGUGAAGACCCAGAGCGAGAAGGCCUACGAGACACCCCCGAGCGAUACGCCAGGGCCAUGCUUUUCUUCACCAAAGGCUAUGAGGAUGAUAUUCGAGACCUGGUUAACGGGGCGAUUUUCCAUGAAAAUCAUGACGAAUUGGUCAUUGUGAAGAACAUAGAUAUUUUCUCACUCUGUGAACACCACCUGGUUCCAUUCACCGGAAAGAUGCACAUCGGGUAUAUCCCAGAUCAUUGCGUCCUCGGUCUCUCUAAACUAGCUCGUUUGGCCGAAAUGUUCUCUCGGAGACUCCAGGUACAAGAGCGUCUGACAAGACAGGUUGCGCUAGCCAUUUUUGAAAUACUGAAACCCCGAGGAGUCGGCGUUGUCAUGGAAUCCUCCCACCUUUGCAUGGCCAUGCGCGGCAUACAGAAGGUGGGUAGCACGACGAUCACUAGCAGCAUGCUGGGGUCCAUGCGAUCAUGUGCUUCGGAAAGAGAGGAAUUUCUGGCGCUCUUGCACAAAGGAUGA